AUGUGCACAUCACUGGCACACAAACUCAAGAUGGUUUCCAACAUCAAGACCGACCCAGAGAACAUGUCUCUCUCACAAACAAUGCUUCACAUGGACCACCACUCACAAUCAAGGCAUAUCCCAGGAUCUCUUUUGGCCUCAAGAACAACCCAGGAUGAUGAACUUUCGAGCCAGGAUAACUUCUCCUUGUGUUCAAGUACUGCCCAAAGUCGUGACACUUCCGACUUGAAGCCAUGGACUCUGAAUGAUAUGGAUUCCACUGAUAGCCAUUCCAUCGCAUCAACAAAACCAGACUCCCCGGCCGUUCAGAUGCUCUCCUUUUCAUUAUCUCAACAUGCCCUUCUCCACAGCGCUAUGGGCGCUAGCGACAUCAUGUACUCGGCUGGUUCCGAGUUCCACGGUCUUCCCGACGUUGACCAGCACGAUUUGGAUUUCUCAAAGGCCCAGGACUUCAACAACCACUACACUUCCCUUUUUGAUUUCUCUGCCUUUGAGAAUGAUGUCAACGGCCACAAUGGCACUCACCCAUCUUGCACCCCAGACCACGGUUCUCCCGUAGGUGACAGUCAGCUCGCUCACGGCGAUGCGUGGAACAUGGUCUCUGACAGCCGAUUCAACCAAGGAUCAACCAUGGACCACUUCACUGGCAACGUUUUCCAGCACAUGCCUGUCUCUCCACCAUUGACAGAAGCAAGCAAUGAUGUUUCUGUUUCUUCGGCCUGCUCCCACUCUGGUUACCCAGCAUUCAUGUCCCAUGAGGAAGCCAUGUUGAAGGAUAUCACAGCCACUCCCGUUCAAGGAAUCAACCUAGGAGACCCCAUCUUCCCACUCACGCCACCUCUCAAGGAGCAGGAUCCCAACAGAACCAUCCGCCCAGCUAAAAGUGCACCUAGGCCAGCAAUUCAAUUGUCCCCAUCCCAGCAAUCGGUGAAGCAGGAUUCCGAGUUCUUCCCGCCCCUUCCAGUCAAGGAGCCCAUCAGACCAAGAUCCAAGGAUGGUAGUGAGUCGCGAAACCCACGCGACCACCCUUAUUAUUCUUUGCCGACCCACAAUGAUGGAAAAUACUACUGUCCAUUUGCCAAUGGAGACAAGCCUUGCAACCACCCUCCCACUACCCAGAAGUGUGCUUACCAUAAAUACCUGGACUCUCAUCUCAAGCCGUACCGCUGCAGGGCCCCCGGCUGCAUGGAUGCUCAGCUCCAAUUCUCCUCCAACGCUUGCCUCUUCCGUCAUGAGCGCGAAGCCCAUGGACUCCACGGCCACGGAGACAACCCCCACCUUUGCCUUUUCGAAGGAUGCGACCGCUCCAUUCCUGGAUACGGCUUCCCCCGCCGCUGGAACCUGUUUGACCACAUGAGGAGAGUGCAUGACUACGCCUCUUCCGAGCGCCCAAGCUCGCCAGAUGCUUCUCCCACCACUGCGGCGACCAAGAAGAAGGAAACUACCGGACGCAAGCGCCGAGUUGCCGGCGUCAGCGGCGCCCAGACCAUGAAGCGCACCCGGUCCACUCAGUCUCAGACCAACACACUGAAGGCUAUUCAGCAGACUGCUGCCCACCACGGUCAGAAUCUGCAAGCUGCUGAGCGCAACUACUACAACUGCCACGCUCGCCUCCUCGAGCAGCUCAGCAGCAUCACACCCCAGGACUCUGCCAUGCACGACAAGGUCAAUGCCAGCCUUCAGGAAUUGAUGACUCUUGGAAUCACCUACCGCCAGGCUCAAGCCAGCCAGGCCGUCGCCCAAAUUGCCAAUGGACUCCCUGCAUGA